GCGAGCGGCGAGCGGCGGAGGCGACUCGUGAGUUGUGAGUGUGCGCGAGUGCGCGUGUGGUAGUGAGGCCGGGUAAGUCGCGGCGCGCCCCGUCAGUCGGCGGCAGCGAGUCACGCGCGUCGUCUCGUACAACUCUCCCGACACAGUCGCUGUACUUUUAUCCGCACACCUGCUAUCGUUCAGGCUUCGUCGACUCUCACGCUUUCGAGCGUGGAAGUCGCUUCGACCUCGCGGCUCGGUUUCGGUUAUCGGCGAUUUCACCUCGCGCCACAACAAACGGGGAUAGAUUGGUGCUGGUGCAAGCCGUGACUGCAGCGGACCCACCGGACGCCUACUGUGACAGUGAUAUCGUGAUUUUCCUAUUAGUGCGGAUGUGCAGUGAUGGAUGAAUAAGACAAAAGCGCGAGUGCACGCGCCAACCACAAUCUUUUUCUCUUCGAGUGCGACGGGGGAUCGUCAAAAUUGAGCCCAAACUGUAUCUAGAUUACAACGCCGCCCCGCUGUUCGCCUCGGAAAACGCCUCCAGUGAAGUGUGGAGCGCGGGCGGCGAGGGCGGCGCAGCAGCAUGCGGUAACAGCAGCAUGGAUCUGAAACACGAGGUGGCGUAUCGGGGGAUUCCCAGCCAGAGCUUGGUGAAGGCGGAGCCUGGAGUCAGCCAUAACGGCCACAACGGCCACGUGCGUGACUGGAUGGCGGGCGGAGGCUCUCCCUCGCCGGCCGCCGGACAACCUCAACCUAAUGGCUACUCCUCGCCACUAUCUUCAGGCAGCUACGGACCUUACAGUCCUAACGGAAAAAUAGGACGCGAGGAGUUAUCACCGGCGUCUAGCGUGAACGGCUGCAGCACAGAUGGAGAAGCAAGGCGGCAAAAGAAAGGUCCUGUGCCUCGCCAACAAGAGGAGCUUUGUCUCGUGUGUGGUGACAGAGCUUCCGGUUACCAUUACAAUGCACUUACCUGCGAAGGCUGUAAAGGUUUCUUUAGGCGGAGUGUUACCAAAAACGCUGUAUACAUUUGCAAGUUUGGUCACGCGUGCGAAAUGGAUAUGUAUAUGAGGAGAAAAUGUCAAGAGUGCAGAUUAAAGAAAUGUCUAGCGGUGGGCAUGAGGCCGGAGUGUGUGGUGCCAGAGAACCAAUGUGCGAUCAAGAGGAAAGAGAAAAAGGCGCAAAGGGAGAAAGACAAACUGCCAGUCAGCACAACGACAGUGGACGACCACAUGCCGCCCAUAAUGCAAUGUGAUCCGCCUCCACCUGAAGCCGCGAGGAUUCUGGAAUGUUUGCAGCACGAAGUGGUGCCGCGGUUCCUCUCAGAGAAGCUGUUGGAGCAAAACCGGCAGAAGAACAUCCCCGCGCUCACCUCCAAUCAACAGUUCUUGAUUGCGAGGCUCGUCUGGUACCAGGACGGCUACGAGCAGCCGUCGGAAGAGGAUCUCAAAAGGGUGACCCAGACUUGGCAGCAAACAGAUCAAGAUGACGAAGAUUCCGAUAUGCCAUUCCGUCAGAUCACAGAAAUGACGAUCUUGACAGUACAACUCAUCGUCGAGUUCGCCAAGGGGCUGCCGGGGUUCGCCAAGAUAUCACAGCCGGAUCAAAUCACACUAUUAAAGGCUUGUUCAAGCGAGGUGAUGAUGUUGCGGGUAGCACGACGAUAUGACGCCGCGACUGACAGUGUACUGUUCGCAAACAACCAGGCGUACACCCGCGACAACUAUCGCAAAGCCGGCAUGGCGUAUGUCAUAGAAGACCUGCUGCACUUCUGCCGCUGCAUGUACGCCAUGUCCAUGGAUAACGUACACUAUGCGUUGCUUACUGCCAUUGUUAUAUUCUCAGACCGACCGGGUUUGGAGCAACCUCAGCUGGUGGAGGAGAUCCAGCGCUACUACCUGAACACGCUGAGGGUGUACAUCAUGAACCAGCUGAGCGCCUCCUCGCGCUGUCCGGUCGUUUACGGCAAAAUCCUGUCCAUCCUGUCCGAGCUCAGGACCCUCGGCAUGCAGAACUCGAACAUGUGCAUCUCGCUGAAGCUGAAGAACAGGAAGCUGCCGCCAUUCCUCGAGGAGAUCUGGGACGUGGCGGACGUGUCCACAGCGCAGCCGCCGCCCAUCGUCGACAACCCCGUCGACCUCUAGCCCCCGCGCGCCGCGCCCCGCCACCGCCCCCGCCCUGCCACCCGCCCGCGACCACACGGACUCUAGCUCGCGACUACACACACACACACAACUAACGGGCACGGUGUGUAAUGUGUAGCACGGAUCACUCGCUCACAUGUGUGUCAUACUGAGAUUACACACACGCUUACGAUUGUGCGUGUGUGUGUGUGACGAGCCUAGCGGUGAUCGUGGAGCGGGCGAGGGACCUCCGGAGAGAAACGCUCAUAGACUGGCUAGUUUAAGUGAAGUGGACGGAAGGACGUGAUCAAACUAUAUAUAAGGACUGUGUACUCGGUACCCGGUACCCGGUCGGUGGCCGAUCAGUGGCCGGUUGAUAUCCGGUUGGAACCGGUUUUAACCGGUCGUACCCGGUACCCGGUACGGACACGCGCGCUGUCGGACUGUGCGAGUAUAGUGAAUAUAUGUGCUGUUGAACGUUCGGAGAAUAUAUUUAGUGUUAUAGUUUAGAUACGACUGGAUACUGAGUUGGUCGCUCGGAUACGACUGUAUGAUAAGACUUUCGAUAAGUACACCCUCCUAAAUUACAUACGUACGAUAUGAGAGUUAUAAAGAGAAAAGUAAUAUAUGAAGAGAUGUUUCUAUUGGGUGAAAAGUUGAUAGUUAUUAUUUACCAAAAUUAACGGUGCGUUGAUAGACCUUUUCGAUUGAUAUAUGUAUAUUGUAAAGUUAGUCGCAAGUCUGGGGCCUAUAUCUCGUCGGACGUUGUUAAUUAUUUACGACUGUGUUUGUUUAUAUAUAGUUUAUAUCAGACGUUUUAUCGCGCCCUGUCGAUUUUAGUUCAGAUUCAUGUUCCAUUGUCCUGUGCCCUCAAUUAACGAAUAAUUAUAAUUUAUUAUUGCUGUGAUUACAUUUAUACAUGUUGAAAUAUCUUAGGUAGGCUGAGAUAAGUGUGUCUUAUUACAUUUAGAAAACUCUACUGUCGCAGUGGCUUUCAUGAAAGCAUCACCGUUCUUGUCUACCUGUUCGAGUAUUUUGAUAGUUAACGACAUAAGUAUAUAUGGGGUGAUUCAUUUUCUACAGUGAUCACAAUGCACUGAGUCUAUGUUACUUUAGGCUAUUGAUGUAGCUCGUGCCACGGGUUGUCACGGGUGGGAUGGCUCUUACAGAAUCACUAUAAACAGGUUGAGUUACUAAAGGCGGAUGUGUACCAUGUGCAAUUUACCAUAAGUCGUCGUAGGCAAUAAAAUUUAGAUUCAUAAUGAAAAUAAUUCGUGUCACUUUGUUUUAAUUAGGGUUUAAGGAGGCAGAUCUGGCUAUCCCAGUACUUCGUCUGGAUUUGUACAAAAUGAACAUGCUGUAUAAUAUGAAUAUUCUACUUAUAUACACGACAUUGCGCGAAUGCAUGGCAGCUGUUGUAUAGGUACGAGGUUAGAGGUAUAGUCCCCAUAAUUAUAAUUUAACGUAUCCUUGUAAAUAUUUUUUUUUUAUUUUAUUUAUAAAUCUAUUUAUUUGUUAUAAUAUCUCCUACAACUGUGAACUGGUCAAAAUUCAAACGGCAGCUGAUCUAUCGUAUGUUUUUCUCUAGAACUGUUUGGCCGAGCUUACUAUAUGGGAACAAUAUUGGUAUAGACUAAAUGUAAAAGGUAGAAACGUUUGGGCAAUGUCGUGUCUAACUAACCAAAUCUGUCUCCAUCGAAAUAAUAUAAGUGAGUCAGUUGAAGUAAAAGAAUCGCUCCCGUCGUGGUGAUACUGCCCGUCUACAAUAUAUGACACAUACAAAAUGCCUUAUUUCGCGUUACCUGUACCGUGUACCUACAUUGUUGAGUGGAUAUCAUAGUAUAUAGUGACUAAAUUAUCGAUCUCAAUUAUCCGUAAGCGUUGUUGAAGCGUUGUUUAAGUGUUUAUCGUUUGGGCAUUUCUAUUAAUAUCCCGAGAACUUCCCCACGUCGUAGUUGUACAGUGUCCGUCUAGAAGCCUAUCGAUGUUAGCCGUACGUCUUCGUCGCCCGUAUGGCCGUGCCCUAAGCUCAUCGCAUCUCUCACAGCCGCUCACGUCGUCACAUAUUUAAUAAUAAUUAAAUCUAAGUAUGUCUGCUGCGUGUUGGAUGUGUCUUCUCUACAUGCCACUGAGUGUGUUGUAAAUUUACAUAUAAUAACUUUGUAUGUCUGAUGUUAUAUGAAGCAUUUCUUAAUAUACGUAUGAAUUGCGUACAGUACGAGACGGAAAGCUUGCACCGCGGACCGAACGCUAGUCCGCUUUUGUUACAUCUUUACUACUUAUAUAUAAUUUUUUGUAGCUGUAGGCGUUUUCUAAAAUAGUUUACGAAGCACAAACGUCACUGGAGUGUCUUACGUACAGAACGGGGCGUAUUGACAACACACACUGCCAUUAUAACGUAUAUUCACUUAGCGUAUGUUUGAGGUGAUAUUGUUUUUAUGACACCUUGAAGAGUCCAGGGAUAUGAAUCUUAGAGUGUUAGUCUACGUAACCGUCACGUAUUUUUACGCUAUGAUACGAUGCCUUAUGACUGAGAUGCGGCAGUAAACGCCAAGCUUUACAGCCCGUGUGCUUUGCAUCUCGAGUUUGUGACAAUUAUAACUGCCAUUCGAUAAGUAAAUUGUUAAAUAUCAUUUGAAGCGUAAGUAAUCAUUUGAUGGCUUCGUAGUUAACGGCCUCCGUCGGUGCACAGCCCGUCGAAUUGAUACAUGUUAAUCGAUUUCAAAAUUGUAAUAGAUUAUUAAGUACGUAAUAAUCUCACACGAGAACUAAUAAGUAAUGAGUACCCUAAUAUAAUUUGUGUCUUUAGCUGAUAAUGGAAUAUUAGUAAGAUGAUAAGUUUAUAUCGCUGGAUGAUAAUACGUGAAGGGACAAUUGGGACGAGACUGCGCGUGCGCAUCGGCGCUGAGAAGCUUCGACUGUUACAACUUACAACCGAAAAAUCUUUUAACCGACCAUUUAUCGUUUUGUUAUCUCUCGACACCCCCUGCACCCUCCACCACUAUCCCCUCCCCACCACCCCGGCACCCCCGCACCCCGCAGUCACCGAGCGCGGAACGUCCAUACCGUGUCCAUUCUAUAUAAUACAUUGUACAUAAAUACCUUUAGAUUUUAUUGUCAUAUGUUUGACAUAUGUUUAAUUUUAUUCAUCUAAGAAAGUACAGAUGGCUGUUGUUAUUUUUAUAUUAUUUGGGUAGAAGUAUAUUAUUUGUAAAUGACCUCUGUAUUUAUCUUUUCUAAGCUUCGUAAGCCAUAGGGACUUAGAUUAUUACUAUACGAGCUGCGAACAUUGUGAUUAAACCGAUUACAUUGAAUUUGUAUUUACUAAGAUAGAUUUUGUUCUGGCGUCUAUAAUUAUUCUUAGUUUUGAUGGAUUUUUGUCUUAAUAAUUUUUUUUUUUUUUUGUUACUUCAGAGUGCAAUAUGUACAAAUAUUUACAUAUAAAAUAUUAAUUGUACAGUAAUAUUAUAGUUUUAAUUUGUCAACGCAAUAUCGUUCGCUAUUCAUUCGUUGAAUGUACACCGUGAAGCAUAAUAAAUAAUCACAAGCGGGCCGACGUCCGCUCUCACUAUUUUUUGUUUUUCUAAUACUUAAGUGAUUAAUUUUAUACAUAGACGGAAUAGGUGACAUUUGUAUUUAAAUUUGCUAAUUUUUUGUAGCAGAUUAGAUUUGUUUACUCGUAUAAGAUGAAUAAUGUACAUUUUGAAUUGAUUUUAAAGUGAUUUUAGUUGUUAUUUAGUGACGAAUUUUGUUAGGUGUGACUGGCAGCCUCGUGGCCAGUCGAUUGAUACCAGUGUGACUUGUGCAAUGUCCGUUAAGAAACAUAGAGGCGAGUCGAAGCCGAGUACACACAGACGAGUUACUGCUAACAGAAAAACUAAAGCAUGAAUGAUAUAACAAGAAAUUUUUAUACUUAACAGAACCUUAAAUGUUAUUAAUGUUAAACUUUAAAGCCAAAUACAGCAGUUUGACCUCCGUGCUGUACUCGGUACACGCCAUCACAGCUACCCAUCGCUUAAGUGCCACGGCGAAAUACAGGAACGCUGUUCCGAAUACAUUUUAUGAUUGGUUUAUAUUCGAGUUCCAUACAGUUCCCCUUCUAAUGUUUUGCCUUACUCUUUAUUUAUGAUUUAACAGUGGUGAAGCGAAUUAGAUAUAGGGAAGAGACAUGACGAUAUGUUAAAAAAUUUUAGAGUCAACUUUUAUAAAACAAAAACAAAAGUGAAAAGGUGUGUACAAAAACGAGGAAAUUUGUAUGAAACAUUGUUAUGCGAAUAAACUUACACCUCAAUAUAA